UCUUGCGCAGAUUAGUCCCCUUUGUCAAAAUCUAUGUACACAAAAAAUCGUGCCUUUAUACAUACACCUAUACAUACAUAUAUAAAUCAGUCUCACUUUUGAGAAAUUGGAGUCAAUUUCAACACACCCAAUUGAAGUUUGCAGGUUCUACUGUUCAUUCACUAUUCAAUUUUUGCUCUUAAUUGCAUGUUUGUAUUGAAAUUUGAAGGGAUACCCAGUUGAUAGUGUUGAAAUUUGGUACUAGGGUUUGUUUUGUUUGAUUCUGCAUUGAAGUGUGUGUUGAGAUUUGAGAUUGUUGAUUGGGUUUGUGUGUUUGAUUGGUUAUGAUUGAUUAUGCUGGUGGGGUUUGAAUGUUGUAAUGAGGGAUGUGAAAAUACCUAAUUGGCUAAGUGGGUUGCCUCUGGCGCCCGAAUUUCGACCAACGGAUACGGAAUUUGCUGACCCAAUUGCUUAUAUAUCGAAAAUCGAGAAGGAAGCUAGUGCUUUUGGGAUUUGUAGGGUGAUUCCGCCGUUUCCUAGGCCUUCGAAGAAGUUUGUGAUUGCUAACUUGAAUAAGUCGCUUUCAAAGUGUCCUGAGUUGGGUUCGGAUGUGAAUUUCGAGAGUGUUAAGGGUUGGGGAAAUGGUGGUGGGGAGAGCAAGGCGGUUUUCACGACGAGGCAACAAGAAUUGGGUCAGAGUGGGAAGAGAAAUAAGGGCGUUGAGAAACCGGCUCCCCCGAUAUAUAAGCAAGUGUGGCAAAGUGGGGAGGUUUAUACAUUAGAGCAGUUUGAGGCGAAAGCGAGGGGUUUUGCUAGGAGUCAGUUGGGUAUGGUUAAGAAUGUUUCUGCAUUGGUUAUAGAGACGUUGUUUUGGAAGGCGGCUUCUGAGAAGCCUAUAUAUGUGGAGUACGCAAAUGAUGUCCCAGGAUCUGGGUUUGGAGAACCUGAUGGGUCGGCUCAGUAUUGUAGACGCAAUAGCAGGAGGAGGAAUUUAAGAGAAAAUGCAUCUGAGAACAGGAAGGAACCAAGAGGAAAUGAUACUAGUAAUGAUGAGAAUGGAUGUGUGUCCGAUAAGUUUAAUCCUUCAUCCAUUGCCACCGGUCCAUCUAAUACUCCUGAUAAUAUAGCGAGAUCAUCCAGGGAAAGAAUUUUAGGUCACGGAAAUGAAGAAUGUAGUUCUGGUCAGAAACUUUCAGACAGUCCUUGGAAUUUACAAGUAAUUGCACAGUCACCUGGAUCAGUUACACGGUUUAUGCCAGAUGAUAUUCCCGGUGUGACAUCCCCUAUGGUUUACAUAGGAAUGCUGUUCAGCUGGUUUGCAUGGCAUGUUGAGGAUCACGAGCUUCACAGUUUGAAUUUCCUUCAUACAGGCUCUCCGAAGACUUGGUAUGCAGUUCCGGAGGACCAUGCAUUAACUUUCGAGGAAGUUAUUCGUAACCAAGCUUAUGGAGGAAAUAUUGAUCGCUUAGCUGCUCUGACACUCUUGGGGGAGAAGACUACUCUUCUAUCACCUGAAGUUAUUGUUGCAUCAGGCAUUCCAUGUUGCAGGUUAGUUCAGAACCCAGGUGAAUUUGUUAUCACUUUUCCAAGGGCAUAUCAUGUAGGCUUCAGCCAUGGAUUCAAUUGUGGAGAAGCUGCUAAUUUUGGAACCCCGAAAUGGCUUACAUUAGCCAAGGAAGCUGCGGUGCGCAGAGCUGCUAUGAACCAUCUUCCCAUGCUCUCUCACCAGCAGCUGCUAUACCUGUUAACCAUGUCUUUUAUCUCAAGGGUCCCAAAGUCCCUAAUGCCAGGUGUUCGGAGCUCUCGUCUAAGGGAUCGUCAAAAAGAAGAAAGAGAGAUACUAGUUAAAAAGGCAUUUGUUGAGGAUAUCAUACAUGAAAAUACCCAUUUGACUUCUCUUCUUCAGAAAAAUUCUUCUUACCGUGCAGUAUCAUGGGACCUUGAAAUGCUUCCAUUUUCACCUGGAGGCUCUGACUUGGUCAACGGCGUUAUUGACAUGUCCAGGCCGAAGAAAAGUAUUUCAAGUGAGACUACUCACAAACAUGAGCUAUCUAACCAGGACUUGUACUUGGAAUAUGUGGAUGAUGCUGACUUAUCAAGUGAAUUUCAAGUUGAUUCUGGGGCUUUACCUUGUGUAGCUUGCGGGCUUCUUGGUUUUCCUUUCAUGUCUGUUGUACAGCCAUCAAAGAAAGCAUUAGAGGGUAUUCUACAUGCACGUCCUACGGAGUGUAAUUCCUCUUUGUUAUCCAAUCGCAUGGUUGAUGUCUCUGUUUCAGAUACAAUACAAAACCAGGAUACAUCAAUCAAGGAUAUAAUAUCAUCAGCAUGUGAGAGAAAUGUCACAGAGAACAAAGAAAUAGUGACCGGAGGACAGAUUGAUUUGACAAAGAGAUGUGUGCAACCCUCAACCGUGGAGGAUCAAGUACAGGCUUCUACUUUAUUAGUUCAAACACCAACCGGAGCAUUUUCAAGUGUCGAAAGAUCACAGUCAAUGUGUUGUGUGGAAGAAAUAUCUCUGAGUUCUUCAAUAGAUAAUUUCAGUCAUGGCCCAAACACUUACUUCAGACCACGGAUAUUCUGUUUGGAGCAUGCAAUUCAGGUUGAGGAAUUGUUGUCUGGUAAAGGGGGAGCAGAUGUGCUUGUAAUUUGUCAUUCAGAUUUCAAGAAAAUUAGAUUACAUGCUGCAGCAGUAGCUGAUGAAAUUGGUAAACCUUUCAGUUAUCAGGAGGUUCCAUUAGAUAAUGCCUCCCCAGAAGAUUUGAAGCUUAUCAAUUUUGCAAUUGAUGAUGAAGGACAGGAUGAAUCUAAAGAAGACUGGACAUCAACGGUGAAAAUAAAUUUGCGGCAUUGUCUGAAGACCUUUAAAAAAUAUCCUUCUGAGGAACUGCAGCAUGCAUUGACUUUGAAGGGGUUAUGCUUUGACAAAGCUUUUAACGGAAGUUUUCCUAGCUUUAAGUGGAAAUCUGCUAAAUUGCGCUCUAAAAGGAGGAAACUAAAUCAAUCUGAAAGCAAAUCAUCUGAGAGCAUACUGAUGAAAAAUGAUGAAGCCUUAGAAUCAGUAUCAGAUGCGCCCUUUCCCGAUAAACAAGUUAAGCUUGUUCACGAUGCGCCCCUUCCUGAUAAACAAGUUAAGCUUGUGAGCAAAUCAUCUGAGAGCAUGCUGAUGAAAAAUGAUGAAGCCUUAGAAUCAGUAUCAGAUGCGCCCCUUCCUGAUAAACAAGUUAAGCUUGUUCACGAUGCUCCCCUUCCUGAUAAACAAGUUAAGAUUGUAAGCAAAUCAUCUGAGAGCAUGCUGAUGAAAAAUGAUGAAGCCUUAAAAUCAGUAUCAGAUGCGCCCCUUCCUGAUAAACAAGUUAAGCUUGUUCAAGAUGCGCCCCUUCCUGUUAAACAAGUUAAGCUUGUUCACGAUGCACCACUUCCUGAUAAACAAGUUAAGCUUGUUCACAAUGCGCCCCUUCCUGAUAAACAAGUUAAGCUUGUUCACGAUGCGCGCCUUCCUGAUAAACAAGUUAAGCUUGUUCACUAUGUUAGAAGGUUCAAAUCUAAGAAUUCUGGUUCUGGCAAAACAUUCAAAAUUUUGGAAGAUUCUCAAAAAGGCCUCGUACCUGUCAAUUGUGCGGAUCUUGAUAAAAACAAACAUAAUGGUGUUGCAGAUAACAUCAGUAUAUAUGAAAAUACAGGUCGGGGUUCUUCUGAACGAAGUGUGCUAAUUCCGGGCCAGCAAUCUGACAUGCAACAGAAAAGCAAGUGCCCUGUGGAAAGAAGGAAUGUUAAUGAGAGUCCUGUUCUUUCUGAAAUUAAGUCAAAUUUACUUUCUGCUGAACCUGUGAUUGGAAAUGUAACAUCACAAAGUGGAAGAUCAAAGGAAUUGAUGAUGAUGGAUGAGGCAUUUGGUUCAGCAAUUUUUGAUUCCCAGAUGCAGCAGGAGAUAAAGCUGGUUGGUAAUAGUAGCGAAAAGAAUGGAAAUUCUUCUGCCGGGUCACCUGAAGUUCCCAUUUUAAGUACGGUUGCUUGUCAAACCCCCGACUUUGUCCAAGUUGAGAGAGAAAAUCAAAUGAUAGAAGGAUUGUGUUCACAACAUGUAAAUUCUAAUCUAGUGAAUGCUGGUAAAAGUGGUGUGCUGCACAAACUCCAGGGUAGUGCAGAUGCUUCCACGAAUGAGGUCUCUGAUCCUAAUAUCUCUCAGGUUCCAGACACUGAAGUAGAAAGGUUAAAUGAGCACAUUGAGAAACCACUUUCAGUAGUGAAUAUUGGGGCUGACAGUCGCGCAAAUUUGUAUUGUGAAGUACAGACACAGUUUGCUUCCACAAAAGUGUUCUCUGAUCCUACUAUCUCUGAGGGUUCAGGUUCCGAUAUCACCAAAAUAGAAAGGUUGAGUGAGCAGAUAGAGAAACCAAUCAUAGAAGUUGAUAUUGGUGUGAAGAGUCUAAAUUUAGAAGGUGAAGUGCAGCCACAGUUUGCUUCCACCAAAGAGAUAUCUGUUCCAGUUUUAUCUGAGCCCGAGGUUUCAGAAUCUGAUAUUAGCACAGUAGAAAGGUCAAGGGAGCAGAUCGAGAAACCACUAGUGGAAAAGAAUGCUGGGGAUAAAAAUUGUCCAAGUUUGGAAUUUGAACUGCAGCCAGAGUUUGCUUCCGCAAAGGGAAGUAAGGAGGACAGUGUUACUGCCUUUGUGAAAAUUACACCAUCAACCAACUCUUCUCCAAUAUCUGUAAAAGAGAUUCAGGAUGUUCCAGGGGAGGACUCUGCUGCUGACAAAAUGGACAGUUUAGGUGAAAUAACUCCUUUGCAGGAAAUGAAAGAGUUUGACAGACAUAAUUCUCAAGUACAACCUGAUUCAGUAGUAAAACACAACAGGAAAAGAAAACGAGAAAAAGAAUUGCUAGCUGAUGGUUUUAUUAGGAGUCCAUGUGAAAGAUUGAGGCCAAGGGCCUGCAGUACUGCUUUGGCAGAGAGAUCAGUAACAAAGGAGGUUUUGGAAGAGAGACCAGUAACAAAGAAAGUUUUGAAAGAGAAACCAGAUACAAAGAAGGUUUUCGAAGAGAAACCAGCAGCAAAGAAGAUCCAGGAGUCUUCAGAGCAUCCAAGUCGCUGCAAAAAUGGUAUUAAAAAGAGGAAGGCAUCUUAUAACUGUGAUGUAGAUAAUUGCAAGCUGAGUUUUGAAACUAAAGAAGAAUUGCGUAUGCACAAGAAUAAUAAGUGUCCCCACGAAGGAUGUGAUAAGACAUUCAACUCCCACAAGAACGCAGUACUUCAUCUACGUGUUCAUGACGAUGCCAGGCCUCUUAAAUGCCCGUGGGAGGGUUGCACAAAAUCAUUCAAGUGGGCAUGGGCUCGGACAGAGCACAUACGAGUUCAUACGGGGGAGAAGCCUUACAAAUGCAAAGUCAAAGGAUGUGGCCGCGAAUUCAGGUUUGUUUCAGACUAUAGCCGGCAUAGAAGAAAGACAGGACAUGAUAAGACCUAAAUAUGUAAUCCUUAGUCAGGUAGGUCUGUAAUCUGAUGGGGGUAGGUGUUAGAACUCUCGAGGCAAAAUGGCCUCUGAGUCUGUAAACUAGAUGAUAUUGUCAGUGUACUAGUAAGCUCAGAAAUUGGGGGUGGUGGAAAGUGAUUUUAUUUGUUCUUUGUAGGUAUUUUUUUAAAAAUCUCCUAGAUGAUACCUUGUUUGCCAGUUUUUAAAAUUAGAUUUUGGAUUAAAGUUUU